GAUAUUCAAUUGACCGGUCGAAAGAAGGUGCGCGAAUAUACGAUGACGUUUUCAUGCUCAAACGCGUUUCAGUGCUCGUCGAGAAAUGAUCUGUAUCGAAAGCCAACAUUUUAACCUCAACCGAAUUCUUUUUCUCGCGAUAGGAUUAUGGCCUUAUCAACAAUCGAGACUCGCUCAACUUCAGACCAUAUUUCUUUUUAGCAUUUUGACGAGUUAUAUUGUGUUCCAACUUACUCCGUUUAUAACUGCAGAAUUUUCUCUUAAACUGGUCAUCAAAGUUUGCUCGUCCAUAUUUUGUUUCAUUGUUUUCGUAAUUAAAUAUAGCUCAUUCUGGAUUAAGACUCAAACUGUAAAAUGGACAUUGGAGCAAUUGCAGCAUAUGUGUAACGAGUUAAAAGACGAGAAUGAAAUUGCCAUUAUAGAAAGAUAUGGGUACUAUGCAAAAUGUUCUACGUUUAGAUUUACAUUGUUAACUGUGUGCGGUCUGUUUAUUAUCAUUCUCCAGCCAAUUUUGCCGCAUACUUUUUAUGCUUUUUUAUUUGUAAACACAUCGUAUUCACGUUACAAAAUACCGAUUACGACAGAGUAUUUUGUCGACGAAGAAAGGUAUUUUUAUUUACUUUUGCUGCAUGUGGACAUAGCUCUUUGUAUAGGAAUGAUUGUACUGGUAGCGACAGGGACAAUGCUCAUAGCGUCUUUUAAACACGCCUGUGGAAUGUUUAAGAUCGCCAGUUAUCGUAUCGAACGAGCGAUUUCAAUUACUAUGGUGAUGAAUAUUAAUUUAGUGGAUAAAAUUACGAUUUAUAAGAGUUUAAUUCAUGCCAUAGACAUUCAUCGCAAAACCAUGCAGUUCUCCACGGAUUUAAUGUCUAACUUUGAGAUAACAUUUCUUUUCUUAAUAGUGUUUACUGUGCUUUCGUUGAGCCUCAAUCUUUAUCAAAUUUUUCAGAUUAUAUCGUAUGGGGCUGAUGCGAAGGAACUGUUAUAUCAUGUAUCAUAUGUAGUUAUUACUCUUAUAUACAUGUUUAUGGCCAAUUAUGUUGGGCAAGAAAUUACAGAUCACAAUAACCACGUAUUCUUCACUGUAUAUAAUAUUCGAUGGUAUAUAGCACCUUUACACGUACAGAAAUUGAUAUUAUUUCUUUUGCAAAGGGGUGGUAAAACUUUUGGUUUGACUGUAGGUAAACUGUUUAUAUCAUCUUUAGACUGUUUCGCCACGCUGACAAAUGCAUCGAUGUCUUACUUUACUUUAAUAUAUUCGAUCCGGCAAUAGUGAAAGGAUUUAUCAUUACUCAAUAGUACAUUGAAAAACACGGUAGAUAUAUGCAAACAGUUUCCCAUGUCUUCGCUUCUACUUAGAUAUUGAAUAAAACUAUCGAGGAUA